GUGUGUGCCUUUCUGUCUCCCCUGCCUUCCAUCGCUAUCCCUGCUCCCAGCAAGUACCAGGUUUGGCUGGGCCGCAACAACCUAUUUGAGGAUGACCCCUUAGCUCAGCACCAGUUUGUCAAGGAGAGCAUCAUUCACCCUGACUUCAAUAUGGACCUCCUGAAGAACACCACCAAAAACCUUCAGAAGGACUACAGCAAUGACCUCAUGCUGCUGCACCUUGCCCAGCCCGCUGAAAUCACAGAUUAUGUGAAGGUCCUCAGCCUGCCCACCGAGGAACCCAAGCUGGGGAGCCGCUGCCUUGCCUCAGGCUGGGGCAGCAUUGAACCCAGCGAGUUCGAAUUCCCAGAUGACCUCCAGUGUGUGUACCUCGAUCUCUUGCCCAAUGAGAAGUGUGUCAAAGCCCACUUCGAUACAGUGACCGACUUGAUGCUGUGUGCAGGAGACUUGAAAGACGGAAAAGACACUUGUGUGGGUGACUCAGGGGGCCCGCUCAUCUGUGACGGCAUGCUCCAAGGUGUCACAUCAUGGGGCCCUACCCCAUGUGGCAAACCCGAGAAGCCGGGCAUUUACACCAAACUUAUUGAUUUCGUCCCCUGGAUAAACAAAGUUAUAAAGAAGAACACUGACUGACACUCUGUCCCCUGCCCCCAAUAAAACCCACCAU